AUGGCGCUCGUUACUUUCUUGCCGAAUGUGUGGCUCGGAGUCGCACUGCAAGCGAAGUACUACAGCCAUGGUAGCAUGACGACUAAAUUGGCGUACUUGGCGGGCAUGGUUGUUAUCACCUCUGUGUUCUUCAUGGUGCGCUUGUUGUUGGUAUACCCUGUUGGCUUCGCUUGGCUUAUCAACUGGCUGCUGGAAGGAAGCGGGCCUGCGUUUCGAGUCGUACUGGCUGUGGUUGUGCCCCCAAUGGUUGACGCCAUUCAGAGCGUCGUUCUUAUCAGCACAGGCAUGGAGUCUGAGCAGGAGGCGAUGCCCGUGCAGUGUUAG